AUGGCCAUCACAGCUUCUACCGUGCCCCGCGGUCCCGUAACCGCCAAGAUCAACUUCAAUGAACGGCCAGCCCCCGGCGUCGUAGCCUUCAACUAUGUAGACAAGCCACCAGCAGGCCAGCCCCAGCGCAACCUUCCAGUUGCCGUGCAUGAUGUCACCAUCAUCGACGUCCGGGGUCGGGAAUCCGAGUACACGCUAGACCGGGACGCCUUCCAGAUCGUGCAGGGGUUGCCGCCGUCAGCCGAGGAGACCGGAUCCGGCUCCGGAUUCACGGACGACGCUUCUAUCACCGCAAACUACUACCCUGAGGUUGAGAAGCUACUACUCGACAACAUCCCUGGCAGCAACCGGGUCUUCAUCUUCGACCACACCAUCCGACGGGCUGGCCCGGAUGCACCGCGUCGUGCCGUGCUCAUGGCACAUAUCGACCAGACACCGUACUCAGCUGAGAAGCGUGUGCGGCGACACCUGGGAGAUGACGCAGAGGAGCUAUUAAAGGGGCGAUACCGCAUCGUCAAUGUAUGGCGUACGCUGAACAAGAACCCCGUUGAGGCGACGCCCUUAGCCUUCGCGUCUAGCUCCAGCUUGAACGAUGAAGACGUUAUUCCCGUAGAGCACCGGUAUCCGGAAGGGUAUAUUGGUCAGACAGCUGCUAUUGCGUACAAUCCCGACCAGAAGUGGCACUAUCUCAGCGGCAUGACGGGUGAUGAGCGUUUAUUACUCGAGUGCUUCGAUAGUGAAGGUACUAAGGAUAAUUCAGGUGUAGCUGGUGGACGAUUACCUCACACUGCUUUCGAGGAUCCUAGGACGAGGCCGGAUGCAGAAGGUAGAGAGAGUAUCGAGAUACGGGCACUGGUAUUCGGACCUUGA